AUGGCUUCAGAAGAUCAAUUUACUUCAAUUCAAUGGGAUAGAGAUGAAAUAGAUCAGAAAAAAGAUCUUAAUGAUAAUGAUGAUAAUGAAGACUUACUAAUUAAUUUCCCAAUUGAGGAGGAACAAGAAUCUUUAAAUGAACCAAAUGAGUCAAAUUUAAAAGAUAAUGAUAACGAACAUGAUGAUAAUCAACCAGCUUCAAACGAAAGUAAUGAUGAUCCAAGUAAUUCUUUAAUAAUCUCAAGUGAAUCUCAACCACCAAAAGCUCAAUCACCAGAACCUCAACCACCAAAACCUCAACUACCAAAACCCCAACCCCAACCAACUGUUCAACCCACAACAACAGAAGAAUCAGAUUUAAUUUAUUCAAUAGAUACAUCAUUUUUUGACAAGUAUGCAAUUAAAUCAUCUGUAACUCAUCCAAAUAGAGAUUUAGAUACAAAUUCCAAACCAUUUAUUUCGUAUUUAAUAACAACCACCACUAAUCAUCCCGAGCUUUUAAAAUUAUCUAAAGAAAAAAAAUUAAAAGAUGAUUAUUUAACAAUUACAGUACGUAGAAGAUAUGGAGAUUUUAGAUAUUUAUAUGAAAGUUUAAAUAAUGAUUUCCCCACGGUACUAAUUCCACCUUUGCCAUCUAAAUCAAAUUUUAAAUAUUUGACUGGUGAUACGUUUAGUAUUGAUUUUGUAAAUAAAAGAUUACAUUCAUUAGAUCGUUUCAUUAGAUUUAUAACACAACAUAGAAUAUUAUCACAACUGUCAAUUUUCCAUUUAUUUCUUAGUGAUUCAAAUGAUUGGUCUACUUUUACAACAUCACUUAAAAUUAAAGAUAUUAAUGAAAGUGAAUCUGGAGGGAUAAUAAAUAAAGUUGUAAAUGAAGAAAUUACUGAUACUGUUAUGAAUUUUUUAACAUCAUCAAAGCAUAAAAAAGAGACAAAUAAGGAUAUAUUGGAGAUUAAUGAUAAAUUAAAAAAGUUGUACGAAAAUUUACUUAAGUUGAAUAAUUUAUUUACAAAAUCAAACAAGAAACACCUUGAAUUAAGUCAUGAUUAUGAGCUAUUUUCUCAGCAAAUACUUAAAUUGUCAAAUAUUAAAAAUGAUGAUAGUGAAAUUUUGAAUAACUUUAAAUUCUUCUCAGAAUCAUUAGACUUUUUUGCAAAGAGUUGGAAUCAAUUAUAUAAACAUAUGGAUGAAUCGUUUUUAGUUUCAUUAAAAGACUGCUCAAGGUAUAUAAUACAAUUGAAAAAUUUAAUUGAAUUACUUCAAAAUAAAAAUAUUGAUUUAAAAGUGUUACAAGAUUAUCUAAAAAAGGCUAGAAAUGAAUUAAACGCCAUUGGAAAACCACAAUCUACAAAUAGUCUGGGUAUAAAUAGAUUAAUCCAUGAUACAAUAUCCACAUCAGCUACUCCAACCAUUGGUUCUCAACAAACAGAUAAUAAAAUCAACAAAUUAGAAAAUAAAGUUAAAUCAAUUGAAAAUGAAAUUGAAAAACAAAUCAAAUUAGUUGGUGAUUUAACAAAUCAAAUUAUAAAUCAAGAAUUUCCAAAUUUUAAAAGAUUCACCGAUCAAGAAUUAAAAAACUCAAUGAUUAACUUGGCAGAUGAAAAUAUUAAAUUUUAUAAAAAUUUAAUUGAAAAAUUUGAUGAAACAGAAAUCAAACUAAAAGAAAGAUUAGAUCGAUUAUAA